GGAGCGGAUCGGCGCGGGCGUGGAAGAGAGGUGGGCGAGGAGCGAUGACCUUUGCGAGGAGCCGGCGAGGGAGCGGGGCAGAGGCAGAGCGAGCGGCAGCGCGGGGGGAUGCUUGCUGAGAGCCGGAGCAGAGCCGCCCCGUAAUGUCACCAUGAUGUCUCAUGGAAGUGAAAUGUGGUGCUAUCACUGGAAAUGGAAGCUGCAUCACUGUCUCUGCUUGUUUACCACAUAUAUUAUAUGCAUGCAGCAAGCAGCUCAUGGAUGCUAUGACUGUAGGACUGUGCUGACUGAUCCCUCUGGGGUUUUCACUUCGCCAUGCUUCCCCAGUGACUAUCCCAACAGCCAAGCGUGCAGGUGGAUCAUCCGAGCGCCUCAUGGAUUUAUCAUCCAGCUAACGUUUAUUGAUUUCGACAUUGAAGAAGCUCCGGGCUGCAUUUAUGAUUCACUGACAUUAGACAAUGGAGAAAGCCCAAUGAACCUUUGUGGCAUCACUGCCAAAGGAUUAUCCUAUAAUUCUACCGGAAAUGAAAUGAUUGUGUCAUUUAAAAGCGACUUCAGUAUCCAAAAGAAAGGUUUUAAUGCCAGCUAUGUACGAAUUGCCGUGUCUCUGAGGAAUCAGAAAGUCAUCAUUCCCCAGGUUCCUGACAUCGAUGCUGUGUCUGUGGCAGAGACCGUCUCAGUGCCAGAGCUUAGACAGUUUACACUGUGCUUUGAGGCAACCAAGGGCAACAGCGAUGACAAUGACGACUGGAAGGUUUUCUCCUACACUGAUGCAUUGUUGAGAGAGCUCUUCAGCUUUGGGAAGACCACAAAAGGCCAUUUUCUGUCCAUCUCAGGCACACAGUGCAUCCUUAAGAAUGCACUGCCCCGAAAUGCAGAGUUUUUCACAGGAACCUUUCAACAGCUGUGUGUUGUAUGGGACAGCUUCUCGGGCACUGUAGGUAUAUAUGCCAAAAACACCUAUCAUGUGGUGGACUGUCCAGAGAUCUAUGACAAAGUUAUCCCUGGAAAUGGGAGGCUGGUGCUGGGCUCUAACAGCAAUGAAGUGAGCUCUCUAAAUGGGGACAUUUACAACUUCCGCCUCUGGAAUUUCACCAUGAAUGCGCAAACACUGGCCAACCUCAGCUGCGAUGUGAAAGGGAACAUUGUAGACUGGGAAAAUGAAUUCUGGAGUAUUCCAACUUCAGCGCUGAAAGCAGAAAACAAUUUGAGUUGUGGCUCAUACCUAAUUCCCUCUUCUUCAAUUGAACCAACCAGUUGUGCAAACCUAGGAAGCCUUUGUCAAGGUGGGCUAUUCUACAGGAUAUCAAUAGUUGUCUCUAGUUCCAACUCCAACUCAGUGUCAAAAGUACAUGAUGUCAUUGCAGAAUGGCUGAACCGUACUUUCCAGAACUGGAAUUACACUGUGUAUGUGGUCAAUAUCAGCAUCCACCCUGCCUCCAUAAGAGAGGGAGCAAGACAAAAAAGAAGUAUUAAAAGUUUCAGUGCUUUGGCUCUUCUGGUUUAUAAUUCUACCAACAACAUCAAUUUAGAAGAGGAAGACAUCCGACAGAAGCUCAUAAGUAACAAUCGAACCAUGGAAGAGGGAUAUCAACUUCAUACUGUGGAUGUUGAUCCAGUGGAAAAAUGUUUAGCUGAAGAAAACCCUCCAAACUAUUUUUGGCCAGAUACCAGGCCUACUGUGACCAACUUCACAUUUUGCCAUGGGAGCUCAGUUCAGACUGCAUCAAGAACCUGCUAUUUGGGUCUGCAGAAUUAUACAUCCUACUGGGGUCAACCUGAUCUUAGAAAUUGCACAGAAAAUGCAGCAGAUAUUGCCAAUCAGCUUCUGAAUCUCACUGGUGAGGGGCAGCAGCUGACCUCAGACAAAGUAAAUGAUGUUGUGCAGAAGCUCAAAAAAAUUGUGAACGAUGAAGAAAUUGAUGAAUCUCUGGGUUCUACCGUGGUGACAAUUUUUUCCAAUAUUCUGGCCAGUUCAGACAGUGUAUUGGCAGCCUCAUCUUCAGAAGCUCUAAAAACUAUUGAUGCCUUGGCUUUAAAGAUCCAUUUUGCUGGACCAUCCAUGAGUAUUUCAACACGGAAUCUCGCACUUGGAGUGUCUUCUAUAAAUUCAACUUCAUUCAAAGGUGGUGCUUUCAGCGUCAGUCCACAGAAUAAUGCAUCUGAUUUCCAGAUAGAUUUUGACAAGAAUCAGACAAGUGCCAUCGCUUCUGUUGUUCUGCCACCAAGUUUACUGAAGAAUUUAAGUCAAGAUGAGUUUGAAGUUAUAUCCAGGGCUCAGUUUACUUUCUUCAAUAAAAAUGGUCUUUUUCAGGAUACAGAAAAUCCUGCCAAUUUGACCAGUUUCGUGGUAGCAUGCAGUAUUGGAAACUUAACCAUUCAGGAUCUUCAAGAUUAUGUGAAGGUUACAAUUAAGCAUACCAAAAUUCAGGAAGAUCCUAAACCUACCUGUGUCUUCUGGGAUAUGAACAAAAAUGGUGGCAGUGGUGGCUGGAACCCUGCGGGCUGCCAGGUGGAUGCAGAGUCCAAUGAAAAUGAAACUGUGUGCUUAUGCAACCACCUCACACAUUUUGGGGUGCUAAUGGACCUGCAGAGAGCCGUGACGCAAAUCGACCCACAGAACACCAAGGUCCUGACCUUUAUCACUUACAUAGGCUGUGGAAUAUCUGCUAUAUUUUCAGCUGCAACUCUUCUGACAUACAUUGCGUUCGAGAAGCUACGACGAGAUUAUCCAUCCAAAAUCCUGAUGAAUCUGAGCACAGCCCUGCUCUUUCUUAACCUGAUUUUCUUGCUCGAUGGCUGGAUUGCAUCCUUUGAUAUUGAUGGCCUCUGCAUAGCUGUGGCUGCACUUUUGCACUUUUUUCUUCUGGCCACCUUUACAUGGAUGGGACUGGAAGCUGUUCACAUGUACAUUGCUCUAGUGAAGGUGUUCAACACGUACAUACGGCGAUACAUACUGAAGUUUUGCAUCAUUGGCUGGGGUUUGCCAGCUCUGGUGAUAGCAAUUGUUUUAGCAAGUGCUAAUACAAAUGCAAGUCAUAUUUAUGGCAAACAGUUAUAUGGCAGAGAUGCAAGUGGGCAAGGAGGAGAUGACUUCUGCUGGAUCAAGAAUGAAGUUGUCUUUUACGUGACUUGUGCCGGCUACUUUGGAAUCAUGUUUCUAAUGAAUGUUGCCAUGUUCAUCGUGGUGAUGGUGCAAAUCUGCGGGAGGAACGGGAAAAGAACCAACCGGAGCCUCAAGGAAGAGAUCCUGAGGAAUCUCCGCAGCGUGGUCAGCCUGACCUUCCUCCUGGGCAUGACAUGGGGCUUUGCCUUUUUUGCCUGGGGUCCCUUAACUCUUGCUUUCCUGUACCUCUUCUCAAUUUUCAAUUCAUUGCAAGGUUUGUUUAUAUUUGUAUUCCAUUGUGCUAUGAAAGAAAAUGUGCAGAAACAGUGGAGGAGACAUCUCUGUUGUGGCAGAUUCCGACUGGCAGACAAUUCAGAUUGGAGCAAAACAGCAACCAAUAUUAUAAAGAAGAGUUCCGAUAAUCUUGGGAAAUCCUUAUCCUCUAGUUCCAUUGGCUCCAAUUCAACCUACCUAACAUCCAAGUCAAAAUCUACGACAAAUACAUAUUGCAAACGAAACAGCCAUACAGAGAAUGUUUUUCUUGACAAGCCAUCUUCAAAAUUUGCCCAGGAGGAUGGAGAACAGACAUCAAUCAUCCCUGUCCAUCAGGUUAUAGACAAAGUCAAAGGAUACUGCAAUCCUCACUCCGACAGCUUCUAUAAAAAUAUUAUGUCCGACACAUUUAGUCGCAGCACAAAGUUCUAACUGGGUUUCUGAUUUGCUGUUUUUUUAAAUCAAAGGAAUACAAAAUGUCUUCCUGUAAUUGAGAAUAUUGAAUGUCAUAAAAUGUGAUCUGUUAAGUUAUUUUUUCCCAGUUUAUAGUGUUCUCCUGCAAACAGCUUCCACUUAAGGACUGAUUUUUUUAAGUUUUUACUGUUGUGGAAAACGACAGUUUUUUACCAUGGUAUUGAGCUGUUUUUAAAUGUGUACCAGCCAGCAUGAUGCCUGGACAGCUAAUUAUAAUCUUGUAAGACUGAAGAACCACAAGCCUAACUUAAAAUAAUAUAAUCCAAACAGAAGCAAGUCUUGACUCCUGGAGAAAAUAGCAGACAUGUCAUGCAGUACAGGCAAGCUUUUAUUGAGAAGUUUUAUGAUGGUCUUUUUGUUUUGAAAAAUAUGGAUUUUCCCUAUGGCACUUGUUAGAUUCUUGCUUCUUGAAUGUCUAGUGCUCUUUAUUCAUAAGUGAAUAAAACCCUACCACCGCUUAAAGGGUUAUUUUAAAACAUUUUUGCCUAAAUAUACCUGAUCAUGCAAACCUUACUCACCAAAACAGCAUAUGCUGUAAAUGCAGGCAAAUUUGUAUCCAUAUACAUAGAAAAACAGUUUACGCAGAGUUGUGUUUCAGCAUUUAUUGAAUGGUAUGCAUGAAAUGCAGUGUCUUCCAUCUCAAGUCUGUGUUUAGUGUUCUUUUUUCACAAAACAAAAUAACAAAAAGGCAUUCAACUAUAUAUAGUUAUAUAAAUAUAUACCUAGAACUCUCUCUACACAUAUUUUUUAUAACAAUACACACAGUAAAUAUGACAGCAUAUACCAGAGACAAUCUAAAAGCUAUGGACGGUGCUAAAAUUUAAGUCUAAAUAUUUAAAUGCAAGAUGAAUUCUUUGUAACCCAUGAGUGUCAAUCUCUGUACUUCACAUAUACUGUAUGUAUAGACACCUCCAUCAGAUGGCAUUGCAACAUUAGGAUAACCUGGAACACGUUUACCAAAAAUAAAUAACAUUUUUCUGGGCACAUAACACUAUCAAUAUCCCUUUGUUGCCCUGUUGGAUGACAUGACUGAGGUUGUUUGAUGCACAGAGUUUAGAUGUUCAGGCAAUAUUAAGGGAUUUCACAUUGCUAUGCUGUCUCCGUGACACUGAGGGGCUUGGGGGCUGUGUGCAGAGAACAGACAAGAGCAUAAAAUGCUUACUUGUUUUACUCUCUAUAAAUGUGUGACAUAUUAGCAAGUGACCUUGAGUGCCAAAAGGGCAUCUCUUCUCAUGAACCAUGUUUCACCCCAUGACGAGCUUUAUAAAAAUUGUAGCUGCGCAUGUUUCUGAAGGCAUGUGCUGAAACAUAAAGGGAUUUUUCAAGUACCGCAUUCAGAGGAGAAUGUCUCCUAAUGGAGGUUUUAAAUUUUUCAAUUAUCCCUUUUUUUAGCCAAAAUAUUUUUAGCCACGUAUUUAAUUAUUUGCAUUCAGAGAGCAUAAAGUAGUGCUGAGAUUUUUUGGUUGCCAAGCAGGUGGAUGCUCAGUGAUGAGGGACGUGGGUUUGUGCUUUCUCUGCUCUUUGCACAUGCUUUUGUGUGCAGAGAUCAUUUAAUGCUGUGACCGCACAAACGGCACCUUUCCCCUGGCUGCAAACACCUGGUGGGAGGAGGAUGUCCCGAUGGAUCCCACCCAGGAGCACCGCUGUCACUACACAGACCUGAGCAAAACCUCAGUCUCAUAACUGCAAAUACAGUUGUGGUGUGUGAAUGGAGGUCAGCCCCAUUCACUCAAACUGUAAUUAAUAACGGGGAGGAGUGUUGUCAGAUAUCUUUAAUAAUUGAAAUAAUUUACAGAGAGAUUAUGUACAAGCAUUUACUGAACUUAUAUUUUAUCUUCCCAACUUGCUUAACUACUGUAGGUAAUAGCAGCUUACUGUGAGAUUUCUACCUGAUUAAGAUGUUCAAAAGUAAAGAGAAGGAGAAGCAAACAUUCCUGAAAAAAAUGAGGAAUCAAUAAAUUAUAACAGAUGAAAAAUAUAUAAAUAAAAAACCCACAGCAUCCUGAAUGAAGCUGAGCUGUAACCUAUCAGUUUAAUGUACAUCUACCUGUAUUUUUGCUGAAUUAAGAUUUUUUUCUCUUUUUUUACUACCAUGUAGUAAUCAUAAACUGUCUGUGUCACGUAGCUGCUCUUGAAUGCUCUCAAUUCUACAAUGUAAAGCUUUCUGUUUUGUAGUUGACAUGCUGUAACCUCCCUUGUACAUAUUUAUUUAUUUGUGAGGUUAAAUAUGUCAAAUAUACUUAGCACUAUAAUGACUGUUCUUGUUACUUUAAUGCUAAGUUUCUGCUUCAUCAUAGAAGAAGAGGGAAUUAAUAAUUUCUUAUAUGUUUUUUCUAAGUAACUUGUGAAACAGUUUACUAUAGCUCUACCUUUUGCAACUUUGAGGAAACUUGUCAGUGUAAUUUGUGAUACUAGUCAGUGAAAUAUAGUGUAACAGGUUUGAAGAUGGACUAAAAUGGAAAGAAACCUUUUCAAGUAAACGUUUUUAUGUUAGUGUUCCAAAUAAUUAAAGUCUUUUAAUAGU